AUGCCAAAUUCUAGAGCAGAAGUCUGGGGGCUUUUCUUUGGUUUGAAAUUGGCUCUUGAAAAAGGUCUCAGAGAUCUAGCCAUUGAAAUGGACUCUUCUCUAGUUGUGAAACUGUGUCUGAAACCUUCUCUCCUUGGUUUGCACCCUAUGGCCUCCUUGAUUGAUAGUUGCUGUGAUCUUAUGAAGCAACUUGGUAAAUGCACCCUCAAGCAUAUAUAUGGAGAGAAGAACAGAGUUGCUAACGCAACUGCCAACUGGAGCUAUAAUUUAGAUUUAGGAUUGUGCACUUUUGACACAGCCCUUAGUUGGAUUAGCUCUUGCUUAGUUGACGAUGUUCUAGGUGCCCUUAGAAUUAGAUCGGUCUGUUUAGACCAGUGUGAUUAG